AGAUAAGGAAGCAAUAUCGCUUAUCAGACACAGGCGACAGACUUGUUCACCUCCCUCAGUCUGACGAAGAGAGGAAGAGACGAAGGAGGUGUAAAGUCUACUAAGUUAUUCAAUUUUCAUCAAUUUUCCUUCCAUUAUUCUUGUUCAAAUUCAACUCAGAGGGAGUGUGAGUGGCGUGGCGUACUCAUACAUCCCCCCCAGCCCAGACAGACGCGCCAUGACCACCAGCUACAGGAAAGAACACACUUUGCUGAAGAACAUUGACACCCUCAGCGUCUACCAAAAUGAAGUACGAAAGUAUUUACACACGGCACACACGAGGACCAAUUGGCUUGCUGGGUUUACCGUCUUCUCCAUCCUUAUUGGCUCGGCUGCCCUCGCCAUCUCAAUCCUUCUCUUGUUCCAGAAACUCGACAUAAUCCAGGAAGAAAACGGGAAACUGAUGGCACUGCAGAUGCGUAUUGAACACUUGGAGAACCUCACCGAAACACUGGUACAAGCAAACAAACAAGCAAACAAACAAAUAAAAAAUGCAACACCACCACGACCAUCACCACCACCACCUCCAUCACCACCACCACCACCAACACCAACACCACCACCACCACCACCACCAACACCAACACCAACACCACCACCACCACCACCAUCAAGACCAACAGAAAACGGAUAUAUCAAACCAACAGAAGGCGAGCACGCAGAAGAAGAGGAACACUUCGUCAGAAAACCGCCUCUCCCGCCUCCUGAUGACGAUGAUGAAUAUGACGAAGGGGUGGACGAGGGAGGGUCGGGGGAGGGGUGUCCUCUUAACCCCCCCCAGACCACUUUGUCCUAUAGGUAUGAGGAUCUGUACAACGAAAGAUGCGUGUCCUUCGUAUGUGUGCUGUAGAGGGUGAGAGAGAGAGAGAGAGAGAGAGAGAGAGAGAGAGAGAGAGAGAGAGAGAGAGAGAGAGAGAGAGAGAGAGAGAGAGAGAGAGAGAGAGAGAGAGAAGUUAGGUUUAGUUUGCUUUCUGAUUGUUAGUUUGAGUUUGAGUGUAUUAAUAGUAGUAGUAGUAGUAGUAGUAGUAGUUAACCAUUGCAAUAGUGUGUAUGUGUGUGUGUGUGUGUGUGUGUGUGUGUGUGUGUGUGUGUGUGUGUAUGUGUGGACGCGCGUGCACCUGACCCAUCUCACACACACACACACACACAAACACACACACACACAUGAUCUUCUGUUCUGCACCAUAUAAGGAAAGGUCAGCUACCCCGGCCGGCACCUGUACAGACCAGGUCAAGGGUGGGGGGAGGUCAAGAUGAACGAGCUUUGAUAUAACUAACCAGUUGUGCUUUUAGUCUAAUCUGUCCGCUUAGUUUUGUCUCCCUCUUUUUUUUUUUUUUUUUUUUGCAUUCAAGUGUGUGAGGGAAACAAACCUUAAAGGAACGUUGAUUUGAUUUUUUUUUUCUUCUUUUUUUUUAUGUCAUGUUUUAUAUAUAGACUUGUAUGUGUGUGUGUGUUUGUAUGUACGAGAAUAAAACCUUAAAGGAUGCUGAUUUGAUUCGUUUGUUUAUUUGUUUGUUUAUAGAUUGAUUUAUUUGUUUUAUUAUUAUUAUUAUUAUCAUUAUUAUUAUUGUUAUUGUUAUUGUUAUUGUUAUUAUUAAUAUUAUUGUUGUU